UCAAGGCAGAACGGCGUAAGCGACAAAAAAUGCGAUAUGGAGAUAUUGGUAUCGGCGGAAAGCUAAUUUUUUUGCGCAUUUUUCUGUUGUCCUGACUUAAGCGACAAAAAUCCCACGAGAAGGUAUUUCGCGUAGAAUCGUGUAAUAAACGACAAAGGCAAAGAAUCUUGUAAACCUGAUUGGCAUAAGCGCCAGUCGCGCCUUGCUUUACCACAGUGUGCUUGUGCUCCAGUAUUUACAUGAAAAUUCUCAAAAGAUGCAUCGAUCAAGAACGGAAAAAAUUUUUGCACUGCUCAGAAAUAAUGACGAAAUCAAAAUUAGGGACGACCGUGCAUCAGACAAAGAAAAUUUCUCGAACCCAGACCAACUACCAUCGGAUAACUCUCCUGGUUUAGACCAUUGGAAUCGAGACAAUCACAAACAGAGCAUGAUGUUAUCAGACAAAGAAAAUUUCUCGAACCCAGACCAACUACCAUCGUUAACUGUGCUGCAACCUCUAGAAGUUUCCAAUUUCUCGGAUUUAACCCACGUACCUGUAUUAUGUCAGGAAAGUUAUCUUCGGAAUCGAAACGAUUACAAUGAGGAAAUAACGUCAUCAUCCAAGGAAAAUUCUUCGUACUCAGACCAACAGCAAUCGUUAACUACAUUGCAACCUCUAGAAGUUACCAAUUUCGCAGAUUUAACCCAAGUACCUGAUUUAUGUGAUGAAACUUACUCCUUAGAAAUAGCAUUAGGUUAUGACGUCAUCAUCGAUGGUUGUCCUGGACCAGCGGAUCCAUCUAUUGAAGAACUGAAUGUGGCUAAUAAUCCUGCUACAUUAGGAACUAGUGCCGAUGAAGAAGAUGCGGUUUCUAGCCAGACAAUCGAUAAAAGACUGACUGGUUGCAGAUCUCCUGCUCAUUCAGGCUCGAGUUCCGAUGAAGAAGAUGUGGUUGCUAGUCAAAACAGCAAGAAAACACUGACUGCAGUCAAUUCUCCUGCUUCAUCUCACUCGGGUUCCGAUGAAGACGUUGUUUCUAGUCAGGCCACCGAGAAAAGACUGGCUGCAUUCAAUUCUCCUGUUCUCACAGACACAAGUUCCGAUGAAGAAGUUGUUCUUUCAAGUCUGGCAACUAAAAAAAAAGACUGA